GCCGGAAGUGGCCGCAAAUUUAAACCGCCGCCACCAUAGAUAUAGCUCCUACAGCGACAACAAAGACGAACUUUGACUUUACGUCGUCAAAGGAGCCUGAUGUCGACGAGAAGCUGAACCGGAGGCGGACCGAGGAUUUGUUUCAGGUGCAGUCAGAAUUGGUCCAAGCUGCCGGCACCAGUAUGGAAGAAGAAGAAAUAAAGAUGCCCGAGAAAGAACAAGCAGAUGACGCAGGCAAAGAGGGGGAGUCCAGUGCCGACAGCAGUCCCAUUAAACCAGGAAGGGGGAGGCCGCUAGGUUUAAAGAAGCUGAAGGUUUGUGUAACAGACUUCAGACUCAUGGGGCUGGUGUCAGGCAUUUCCAACGGUGGGUCCACGCAGCCCAAGAGAGGAAGAGGGCGUCCAAAACUCUCCAUCACAACAAAGACAGAGGAGGAGAAGGAGAGGGAAGAGGAGGAGGAGGAAGAGAAGGAGGAGGGAUCAGGAGACGACCAAGCUCCUGAUUCUGUGCCCGCUCACAGGGGUAGAGGGAGACCUAAGGGGACCAAGACCAUCAAAGCAGACGAUACUCCUAGGAAAAGAGGGAGACCGAAAAAGUCUUUCAGCAAUAACACCUCUUCGUCUGAGAAAUUACCGAAUGGUGACUCUGAGUCGCCAAAAAGGAAAAGGGGUCGUCCGAAAGGAUCUGUGAAGCGUGUGUCAGAAAGUGCUAAAGAGGACGAAGGCACUCCUGUAAAAAGGAAAAGAGGCCGACCAAAGGGCUCUACUAAAAAGAAGUCCAGGCGGCAGAGAGAGGAGAGCAGCGAGGAGGAGGAGACGGAGACGGAGGAGGAGGAUACUGACGGUAGCGAAAGCGAAAGCUCACCCACAGAAAGAGUGGGACGUCAGAUCAGGUCAACGGGGUCAAAUGGCAUCUCGGACAGGCCCCAGAGACAGAGGGGAAGGCCACGAAAAAGUCGAGCCACAGACGACUCACCGGAGUUUACGAGAGGAAUAGGUCGACCCAAAGGCUCUUUGAACAAGAAAAGUCCUGCUUUAAAGGAGCAAGAGUCACCGAGCCGGUACAAGAGACCACACAACAGACCCCUACGACUGUCAUCAUCACCACCAGCCAAGAGGGGAAGGCCGAGGAAGUAUCCUCUGCCGACGGCGGAGGAGCGGAACAAACCAAAAGAAUGGAAACCGCUCGGACGGCCGAGGAAGUACCCGCGUGCUGAUCCACCAGAGGGCGCUACAGCCGGCGCUCCAGCCGGCCCCCGCAGAGGCCGCGGCCGGCCUCCCAAGACCCAGUCUAAGAAAGGUGCUCACCUGCGCAAGCGAAUACCCGCCGCAUCCUCACCGAGCAACCCCGACGACGAUCCCCCGAGAAAAAGCAGACAAGCCCUAAGCGCUGCAACAAAGGAAGCUGUCGUACCGCGGAAAAGGGGACGUCCUAAAGGUCCAGGCAACAAAAAUAAAGCCAGUGAGGACACGGAGCUGGACCGAGCGUCGCCAACCGGUGAUUUACCUCCUGUUGAGGACCAUGAAGCAGAGGAGGAGGAGCAUGAAGCAGAACCAGCAGAAGAGGAGGAGCAGACGACGUCCCCCGAGCACGUGGGCGAUACUGAAGAAAAGCUCGUCGAUGAUCCCCCGAGAAAAAGCAGACAAACGCUAAGCGCUGCAAAAAAUGAAGCAGUCGUACCGCGGAAAAGGGGACGGCCCAAAGGUCCAGGCAACAAAAAUAAAGCCAGACAGGAAACAGAGCUGGACCGAGCGUCGCCAACGGGGGAUUUACCUCCUGUUGAGGACCAUGAAGCAGAACUAGCAGAGGAGGAGGAGCAGACGACGUCCCCCGAGCACGUGGGCGAUACUGAAGAAAAGCUCGUCGAUGAUCCCCCGAGAAAAAGCAGACAAGCUCUACCCGCUGCAAAAAAGGAAGCAGUCGUACCGCGGAAAAGGGGACGUCCCAAAGGUCCAGGCAACAAAAAUAAAGCCAGAGAGGAAACGGAGCUGGACCGAGCGUCGCCGAAUGGUGACCCUGAGCCGCCAAAAAAGAAAAGGGGUCGGCCGAAAGGAUCUGUGAAGCGUGUGACAGAAAGUGCUGAAGAGAACGAAGGCAGUCCUGUUGAGGAACAUGAAGCAGAACCAGCGGAGGAGGAGGAGCAUGAAGCAGCACCAGCGGAGGAGGAGGAGCCGGAGCCCGAGGAGCAGACGACGUCGCCCGAGCUCGUGGGCGAUUCUGAAGAAAAGCUCGUCGAACAAAACGCAGUCUUUGAAGUCAUUGACCAGGCUUGAUGAACUGAACAAAACGUUGCUGUAGUAGUUGUUGUUCUAAAACAUAGAAACAAUCUUUGUCAAUGAAAACAUGUUUUUAACAUUUUCUCGCUCUGGUAGAAUUACAGGAUCGCGGCUCCACUGUUUUCCUGACUAACUUGUUCAUUCAGUCUGUCAUUUCUGAGUAAGAAGUACUAAAAACCUUUUACUAGAACUGGCAUGUAAAGUAUUAUUAUAGACUGUUGCAGUUUUCAUUUAACUGUCGGGUGUGUUGUUCGUCAGUGACAGUAAAUGUUGGAGAGACGAGAGCGAGGAAAACAAACAUCCCGACGGAAGCCUCCGUUCCUCCAGCUUCUGUCACUCACUGUCUUACUGACUUCCUUUUAUUUCACUUUUAGGUCAAAUCUAAUUCCUGUUCCUGGAUCAUUUCCAUGAUAUUCUAGGAUAAACUGGCAGGAGAAUAUAGAGUCUUUGCACAAGAUUUUCCCCUGAUAUCCAAACACAUGCCUCCUUAUUUGGAUCAAUGAAAUCAACAUGCGAUUUAAUAUCAAAAGGUUCUCUUAAGCUCUUAUAAGCCUGUCUGGAUGUUUAUCCUGAUAAAUGUUCAUAGCAAAUUUCAUAUUUUAAGAAAAGUUUUUACCAAGUUUGUUUCCUGUGGCUCACCAGCGCCUUGAACAGCAACGAGAUUAGAUUCAGACAAACACCCACUGGGUUUCUGGUCAUUUACAUUAUUCCAAAACGGUGACGGUGUUUCUGACGGAGUUGGAACAGGAUCUGGAAGCUUCACUUCGGCUCGGUCGAGCUUCUGUUGGGAGAGUUUGUGAAGAGAGAAUAUGUUGAAAUGUCUCAUUUUUUCCCCUAAAUGCCAUUUCACACUAGAUCUUGUCAGAACAUUUGUUUUGCCUUAAUUGUUCAAGCUUUGAAUGUAUCACCAGUUUGUUUGUUUUGUUUGGAUCAGUGGAUCCGUUCAUGUCGUUUUGUUGAAUGCGUUCCUGGACCGGACAUGUCACCUUCCUGCCGCUCUGUAGAUUUCCUCCUCCACUUUUCACUUUUUAAUAAUCUGUUUUCCAUCCUGUUUUCUUGUAGCUGUGAUAUUUUUUCUUCUUGUUUUUCCAAACGCCUUGGGGUUUGUCAUGAGAUUAAGGUGAUUGGGUCGAUUUCACACACAUCCAUUUAUUUUCCUUUGAGCCCCUUGUGUACACAUAUUUUUUGUGUGUGAUAUCGUUACCCAUAUUAACACCUCUGUGGCCGGAGUCGGACAUCGAUGUUUCCUAAAAUGCCAAAUUGUGCUUCUGUGUUUCCAGUUCUGUAAAAAAAAAUAUACUGUGAGGUGACGGAGGUGGAGGCUCCGUCGAGUCGAAUCCUUCUGAGGGGACAUAUUUGGAUUUUGUGUGUUUUGAACAAGAAUCCAAUAAUUUGUGAGAACAUGGUCUUGAAAUAAAAUGUUGAUCUGUUCAA